GGAAGGAUCCCGAAAAAGCCCUAUUUCCACAUCGAAGAGGGGAGACGAGCCGGAGGAACAAUGGAAGAGGAAGGUGGCGGGAAGGCACGACCGAACGAGGAGGACGAGGAGGCUACCUCGACCAUGGAGGCGAGACCUAGCGAGCAAGAGCACGUCCCCGAAAUAGAUGCUGCAGAGUCUGAAGAGAAGCACCAGCGGUAUGAAGCACUUUAUUCCCGCCGUUUGAGGGCCAAGUACUUCUCCAAAAAGGCCCUAGAUGGAGGGGACAUAUAUGGCCAUGAAACAACUAUUGAUAACGAGAUUAUAAAGUCAAGCAGAUGGCCCUGUACAAGAUCGUUUGCCGACCCAAUCAAAUACAUGGAAGAUCAGAAUCAGUCAUCUUCUGAAGCAGAAACCAACGCUGCAACCGACAAGAACCCGGAACCUAAGAAAAGCUGUUAAUAAUGAUUUGAAAGAUGCUAUGCCAGGAUACUAGGACAUCAAAAGAUACGGAAAGAGGUUAGCUGCCAUGACUGGCUACAAGUGUCAUCAUGGGGUACUCAAGCUUUCACCAAAUUGAUGAGGGAAUUCUGCUUACAUUUGAGUAGUAAAACAUGAGCAAUGUUGUUGGUCUACAUGGAUCCUCUAUAAUACUUAUCUUGAUAUUUCUUAUUGAACAACUAUGAUAAGACCACUCUAUCUAAAUUCUAAAAUUUAAGGUUAUUGCUAUGGGAGACUUUUGCUGGUUUAUCUUCAAUAAAGUUGAUAAUGGUGGAUUGAUUGUAGUUCAA